AUGGGUUUUCAAUUAAUUAAUCUCGGGGCAGAUGAUGAAAACCCUAAAGUUGCACAAGCAGAUUACAACAGAAAAUACUAUCACCAGAGGCAUCUUCUAGGUUUGAGAGAAGCCAUUUGCGAUUACAAGGUGAACGUGACGGGAUAUUUCGCGUGGUCGUUGUACGACAACUUCGAAUGGCAGGACGGUUACGGGGUGAGAUUCGGACUGUACCACAUCGACUACAAGAACAAUCUGACUCGCACCCCUAAAGUCUCCGGCCUUUGGUACAGAGAUUUCCUCAAGAGAGAGACCGCACCUUCCAACAUCAAACAAGAACUCUGA